AUGAAGUCCAUCGCCCUCGCCCUCGCCCUCGGCUGCCUCGCCUCCGCCUCCGCCGUCACACCCGGCACGAAGCCACGGCCAAGUCACACCGACAUCCCGGGCUGCCCGGCGCCGACGACAACGCCCACCACCGCCAACCCGCCUCAUACCACGCCCGGCCUCUCGGAAUGCGGCGUCACGACCACGCACACGUGGUACGGGAACAAGACCAUGGGCUGCCAGUACGAUCCUUUGGGCGGCUGCAUUGCCGACGCGAUUCUCACGCUGCCGUGCGGGUGUACAAAGGCCACCAACGUGGUGCAGCAGACGACGACGGUUUGUGCAACGGUGCCAAGCGCCGUCAACUGCGUCACUGGAUUCAUGUUUACGACUACUGCCACGAAUUGCUAG